AUGGAGUUAAUGGGUUUAGAUGAUGUCGAAGUAGAUGAUACCGAGACUGUAGAUAAUAUUGUGGAAGGUUUAGCAACACCGACAAUUGGGAUGUAUUUUGAGACAAUUGAAGAAGCACGAAAAUAUUAUGAACGUUAUGGUCAAGAAAAUGGGUUUUGGAUUCGUACUCGGGCUUCAGGCAAAGGACGAAACCAGUCAAAUGAAGUCACUAAGGUGCUAUUUGUUUGUGGAAAAGAAGGAAAGUAUGUUGCAAGAAAACAGCAGGAGGGUAUCGUGGAGGUGAAUGAUGAGACAGUCAGAGAAGGGAAAGUGAUAUCAAAGAAAAGAAUUAAAAGUUGUUCAACCGUUAAAUGUGGAUGCGAGGCUCAUAUGCGGAUUAUGCUUGACAAAUGGAAUUACAAAUGGAAUUACAAAUGGAAAGUAACAGGUUUCGAUGAACGUCACAACCACCAACUAGUGACUCCAUCUAAGAGGAUGAAAAUGAAGUCAAAUCGAAACAUGCCCAAUGCAGUUAAGGAUUUGACUGAGGUAUUUCAUAAAGAAAAUAUAGGAAUUUCAAAAGUUCCUUCAAUUUUUGGUGGGGAGUACAUUGGCUUUGAUAAUAGGGACUACUACAAUCACUUAAGAAAUGUGAGGCAUAGAGACCUAGAUUGUGGGGAUGCACAAUUAGUUCUUGACUACUUUAAGAACAAACAAGCACAGAAUCCACAAUUUUUUUAUGCGAUUCAAUGUGAUGAAAGUGGGAGGGCAGUUAAUUUUUUUUGGGUGGAUUCUCGAUCUCGCAUGGCGUACCAUUAUUUUGGACAUGUGGUCACAUUUGACACAACAUAUCGAACAAAUAAGUAUGAUAUGCCUUUUGCACCAUUUACGGGAGUAAACCAUCACAUGCAAUCGAUACAGUUUGGAUGUGCACUUUUACAAGACGAGACAGAGGUGACAUUUGAAUGGUUGUUUCGGACAUGGCUUGACGCUAUGGGUGGACGUCCUCCAACUUCUAUCAUCACUGACCAAGACUUGGGAAUGAAAGGAGCUAUUGCAACAGUCUUUCCCAACACCCGUCAUCGUCUCUGUCUUUGGCAUAUUAAGAAGAAAUUUGUUGAAAAGUUGUCUCAAGUGUACUACAAGAGAUCGAAAUUCAAGAAGGAUAUGAAAAAAUGUAUUAAGGAGACAUACAAGAAAGAGGACUUUGAAUGGAGAUGGAUGUUAUUGAUGAAGGAAAACGAGUUAGAAAGCAACAAAUGGCUUCAAGGGUUGUUUGAAAUUCGUGAAUCAUGGGUACCUGUUUAUAAUCGUGGUACAUUCUUUGCCGGUAUGAAUACAACCGGACAUAGUGAGGGUAUCAACUCAUUUUUUGAUGGUUUUGUAACUCACGCAUCAAAUCUCAAAGAAUUUGUGGUAAAGUAUGAGAAAGCCUUGAAUAGGAUUGUGAAAAGGGAAAAUGAUGAAGAUUUUGAGUCCGAACAUAAGUUUCGGAUUGUUAAUGACCAUGAAUUUUUGUUGAAGCAUGCGGGAAAAGUGUAUACUAGAAACGUCUUCAACAAGUUCAAGGAAUCAUGGAGUCAAGUCUUUAACUACAAAGUUGAAAAUGUGAGAAAUGGCAAUGGUUUUCAAUCUUUCGUAGUGAAGUCAAAAGAUGAUGAACUUGAAAAGUUUGAGGUGACAUUGGAUUCGCAAACCUAUGAGGGUAAGUGUGAAUGCCAACAAUUUGAGUUUGUUGGGAUAUUGUGUGCGCACAUUUUGAAAGUGUUUGUCCGACUAGACAUUGAUGAAAUACCAGAACACUUUAUUCUUCCACGAUAG